UUAUAACAUUUUUCCUCAGCCUUAUAUUAAAUUCACAGAGAAGAACUUGCCUUGAAUUUCAAAUCAAAAUUACAUUCAUAACAGGAAAUACAAGUGUUUCAAAUUAACGAAAAAGUCCGAAAUCCAAAAUCCAAAAUGCAGGCAGGCAGUAACUUUUUUAAGAGUUUUGUUCCCGUAAAAAUAUAUCAGUCUGUGAGUUCCCUGUACAUGACAUGCAUUUCGAAAAUGCCGCGGAACUCCACUCAGCCGGAGUGUGAUCCCAGGUUGGUGAUCGAACAAGCCCUCGUCUCAGCCGUCGACCAGACCCUUCGACCCCUGGACUAUGAGAAACGCCAGCGAGAGGCCCGCGAGAUUCUUCUGAAGUCUCAGGAGAAUCUGUUUCAGGAGAUGGGCCUGGGUCAAAGUUCGACGCAGGAAGGGGGUAUGCUAACGGAGGACGAUGAAGACGGAGCUCUCAGAGGACCAGUGCGCCUUAAGUCGGAGAUAUUACUUAACGAAUAUCGCAAGUUGUACGAAACGCCCUCCAGGACGGCAUCUUACGACUCUCUUCUCCUGAAGGACUUCAGGCAAUAUACGGGGCUGAUUCUGGGCCUUUGCAUCGCGGCGUGUAGUGUCUUUACUCUAAUCCAUUUGAUAUGACCGAUCAGCAAGCUAUGUGUUUAUUGAUCUGUGCCGAACGCGGGGAGCAAAACAAACGGCAAAUCGAAUAAAUCAUAUAAAGACCGGGAAAUUGA